AAGGAUGAGAAGCAAUUCCACCUGACAGAAAACCAACCCCCAUCAAGUCACCAGAUGUGACAUCCAAAGAAGCUCUGUGAAUAUUCAUCAUGAAUCUUUGAGGUACAUCAGCAGUGCUUUGGAGCAAAAGUCUCUUCCCAUAUCUGGAGUCUGAAUCAUGGACUGGUUUCAGCUGCCUGGUCUGUAAGAGGGUUACCAGGAUUUCACAAAGAUGAGGCACCCACAGAAAYAACUUGCACCCCAACUCGCUGAGCUUUCAAGACCGGGCCUGGAUCUAGAGUUCUCAAAGAACGGAGAAAAGAGCUCUAGGGGAAGAUGUUGUCUCUUCUGACAUCUUGCGAUUGAGAUACCUGAGAACAGGUUCAGUAAGAAUCCAGGUUCCCGAAGAAGACAGUUAUGAACGUAUUGAAAUAAGUCGUAAACAUUUUUUUUUCCCCCUCUGUUGUGUCUACCACUUAAGAAACCGUAAUCUGAAGCACUUCCUGGGCGCUUGCCCGCAUGAAUGAAGUCUGCAAAGCUCGCUGUCGAAACUGACCGCUUCCCAGUGAGUGGCACAUGCUUGUGAAACAUACGUAAUACUGCCGAAGAAAAAGAAAUCACCUUUUGCUAUACCGUUCCCAGAAGGAACACUUUAUUGUGGACAGCUUUUUCUGGAUUUAUAUCCGAAGAGAUUAAUGCCUAGAGUUGAAAGGCAUUUAGCACACGCUGCGAAGUUGGCUUUGCCUCAGUUUUUCCAGAUGUAUUGUCUCCGCUGUAUACUGGAAGCACGCGCACAACUGCCCAAACGACAGAUGUAGUCAUGGAGCUGUAUGGACUUUUGAGCCAUGUGAGAAGCAUAAUUGAGCGCUGCUAUCAGACGUGGCUUCGUGAUGUCAGCUGAGCUGUGAUGUGCAAGGCUAAACAUAAAGCAUCCGAAUGGAGUGACACACAUCCUGUGAAGAGGCUGAUAAGUUUUAUGAGGAAACUUAACAGAUUGCCAUGGUCUGUGACAGGCUCUGAGUGGAAGACUUUCUGCGCAAGAUGAAUUCCUGUUUACAGUCUUCAGGGUGUUGAAGGGGUAUUUGCUGCUUAUGACAAACCCAAGAGCAGAAGCUUUGUAAAAUGGCUCAAACCAGCUUGCUGCAAGGAAAGCAGUUUUAUUGUAGGGAGUGGGUUUUCCACAAGCUUCAGCACUGCCUCCAGGAGAAAGCCAACUGCAGCGGUAGUGCUGCCAACAAACCAUCUCUUGUAGCAAAUUCUGGGAAUAAUACUGGUGUUGUCUCUGGGAAAGGAGCCGCCUGGGGUGUCUUGUUGGUAGGAGGGCCUGGUAGUGGGAAGACAGCCCUCUGCACUGAGUUACUGUGGCCAAGCUCACCUGCAAACCUGCAAAGAGGUUUACACCGUCAAGCUCUAGCCUUCCAUUUCUGCAGGGCCCAAGACUCUGACACGCUCUGYGUCGGGGCCUUUAUUAGAGGUUUAGUUGCACAAAUCUGCCGCAGUGGACUGAUCCAGGGAUAUGAGGACAAACUAAGAGACCCUGCUAUUCAAAGUCUCUUGCAGCCUGGGGAAUGCGAGAGGAACCCUGCUGAAGCAUUUAAAAGGUGCAUCCUGCUUCCCCUUUUGGGAAUGAAGCCCCCUCAGCAGAGCCUCUUCCUGCUCGUGGACUCGGUCGACGAGGGCUGUAACGUCUCGGAGGGUGAACAGACCUCGACGAGUUUGUCUGGGACAGUAGCAGAGCUUUUGGCCGGGCACUUUGAGUUCUUCCCUCCCUGGCUGCUCCUUCUGUGUUCCGCCCGCAAGCAAAGUAAAGCUGUUACAAAAAUGUUUACAGGUUUUCGGAAGAUAAGCCUGGAUGAUCUGCGGAAGGCCUACAUUGUGAAGGAUGUGCAGCAGUAUAUCCUGCACCGGCUGGAUCAGGAAGAAGCUCUGAGGCAGCACCUCACCAAGGAAACCGCAGAAAUGCUGAACCAGCUUCACAUCAAAAGCAGCGGGUGCUUUCUGUACCUGGAACGUGUCCUGGACGGCGUCGUGGAGAAUUUCAUCAUGCUGCGGGAGAUCCGCGAUAUUCCAGGGACGUUGAACGGCCUCUAUCUUUGGCUUUGCCAGAGACUUUUUGUGCGGAAACAAUUUGCCAAGGUGCAGCCUAUCCUGAAUGUGAUUCUUGCGGCGUGCCGGCCCUUAACCACCAUGGAGCUGUAUCACGCCGUGUGGACCAAAAACAUGACGCUGACCUUGGAAGACUUCCAGCGCAAAUUGGAUGUGCUGUCAAAAGUCCUCGUCGAUGGUCUUGGAAAUACAAAAAUCUUGUUUCAUUACAGUUUUGCGGAAUGGCUGCUGGACGUAAAGCACUGCACGCAGAAAUACUUGUGUAACGCAGCCGAGGGGCACAGGAUGCUGGCCAUGAGUUACACCUGCCGAGCAAAGGAUCUAACACCUUUAGAAGCUCAAGAAUUUGCCUUGCAUCUCAUUCACUCCAACUUACAGUUAGAGACCUCCGAGUUGGCCUUGUGGAUGAUCUGGAACGGCACGCCUGUCAAGGACUCCCUGUCCACCCUGAUUCCUAAGGAGCAAGAAGUAUUGCAGCUGCUGGUGAAAGCCGGCGCUCACGUCAACAGUGAGGAUGACCGCACGUCCUGCAUCGUGCGGCARGCUCUGGAAAGGGAGGAUUCCAUCCGCACCUUGCUGGACAACGGAGCCUCGGUAAACCAGUGCGACUCCAACGGGCGAACGCUGCUGGCCAACGCGGCRUACAGUGGCAACCUCGAUGUGGUCAACCUGCUCGUUUCGAGGGGAGCCGACCUGGAGGUCGAAGACGCCCAUGGGCAAACAGCUCUCACCUUAGCCGCUCGGCAGGGGCACACCAAGGUGGUCAACUGCUUGAUCGGGCGCGGUGCCAAYGUCAACCACACGGAUCACGACGGCUGGACAGCGCUGCGGUCCGCGGCGUGGGGCGGCCACACGGAGGUGGUGUCYGCCCUCCUGUACGCCGGGGUGAAGGUGGACUGCGCAGACGCAGACAGCCGCACGGCGCUGCGGGCCGCGGCCUGGGGGGGACACGAGGACAUCGUGCUGAACCUGCUGCAGCACGGCGCUGAGGUGAACAAAGCUGAUAACGAGGGCCGGACGGCGCUCAUCGCGGCGGCAUACAUGGGGCACAAGGAGAUCGUGGAGCACCUGCUGGACCACGGUGCGGAGGUGAACCACGAGGACGUGGACGGGAGGACCGCGCUGUCCGUGGCGGCGCUGUGCGUGCCGGCGAGCAAGGGCCACGCGUCCGUGGUGAGCCUGCUCAUCGAGCGCGGCGCCGAGGUCGACCACUGCGACAAGGACGGCAUGACGCCGCUGCUGGUGGCCGCCUACGAAGGGCACGUGGACGUUGUCGACCUGCUCCUGGAGGGAGGAGCUGACGUGGACCACACGGACAACAACGGCCGCACGCCGCUGCUGGCAGCCGCCUCCAUGGGCCACGCGUCGGUUGUGAACACGCUCUUGUUCUGGGGCGCGGCUGUCGAUAGCAUCGAUAGCGAAGGGAGAACCGUGCUGAGCAUAGCCUCUGCACAGGGCAACGUGGAGGUGGUACGGACUCUGCUGGACAGGGGGCUAGAUGAAAACCACAGAGAUGACGCAGGCUGGACCCCUUUGCACAUGGCAGCUUUUGAAGGUCACCGGUUGAUCUGCGAGGCGCUUAUCGAACAAGGUGCUAGAACAAAUGAAAUCGAUAAUGAUGGCCGUAUUCCUUUCAUUUUGGCUGCACAGGAAGGCCACUAUGAUUGUGUGCAGAUUUUACUGGAAAAUAAAUCCAGCAUCGAUCAGAGAGGCUAUGAUGGGAGAAACGCUCUCCGGGUUGCUGCUUUAGAAGGUCACAGAGAUAUAGUUGAGCUGCUGCUCAGCCACGGAGCAGACGUAAACUGCAAAGACGCCGAUGGCCGACCCACGCUGUACAUCUUAGCGUUAGAGAAUCAGCUCACGAUGGCUGAGUAUUUUUUAGAAAACGGUGCGAACGUAGAAGCGAGCGAUGCUGAAGGGAGAACAGCCCUGCACGUGUCCUGCUGGCAGGGCCACUUGGACAUGGUGCAGGUGCUGAUAACGUACCACGCCGACGUGAAUGCCGCGGACAACGAGAAGAGAUCCGCUCUGCAGUCGGCUGCUUGGCAAGGGCACGUGAAGGUGGUGCAGCUUCUAAUCGAGCACGGGGCCCUGGUGGACCACACGUGCAAUCAAGGUGCUACGGCGCUGUGCAUCGCGGCGCAGGAGGGGCACAUCGACGUGGUGCAGAUACUGCUGGAGCACGGCGCCGACCCGAACCACGCCGACCAGUUCGGCCGCACCGCCAUGCGUGUGGCGGCCAAGAACGGACACUCCCAGAUCAUCAAGCUGCUGGAGAAAUACGGGGCGUCGACCUUGAACGGCUGCACGCCGUCCCCGGUGCACACGAUGGAGCAGAAGCCCCUGCAGUCGGUCUCCUCCAAAAUGCAGUCGCUGACGAUGAAGUCCAACAGCUCGGGGAGCACGGGCGGAGAGGCGCAGCCCGGCGUGCGCGGCCUGUCCAACGGGCCCGCUCACGCCUUCAGUUCCCCUUCYGAGUCGCCCGACUCCACGGUUGACCGCCAGAAGUCGUCUUUGUCGAAUAACUCCCUGAAGAGUUCCAAAAAUUCCUCUCUCCGUACCACGUCCUCGACUGCGACCGCUCAGACGGUGCCCAUCGAUAGCUUCCACAGCAUGUCGUUCACGGAGCAGAUCCAGCAGCAUUCCCUGCCGCGCAGCAGAAGCAGGCAGUCCAUCGUGUCUCCCUCGUCCACAACCCAUUCCCUCAGUCAAAAUCACAACUCUCCGAGCAGCGAAUUUGAGUGGAGCCAAGUAAAACCCAGCUUGAAAUCCACUAAAACAAACAAAGCGGGGAAGACGGACAACUCCAGCAAAUCUGGGUCGGGUGGAAAGAAAGGAAAGCAGAGUAGUUCCUCUCAGCCAAAAGUGCUGGAGUAUGAAAUGACUCAGUUUGAUAAGCGAGCACCCAUUGCCAAAUCGGGGGCAAGCGUGCCCCACAAACCCGUGCCAGCAGAGCCGCAGUGCAAAAUUCUGGUCCCGCCUGCCCAGCAAGAAGUCGGCCGGUCUCAGCAGCAGUUCCUCAUCCACCAGCAGAGCGGGGAGCAGAAGAAGAGGAACGGGAUUAUGACAAAUCCCAACUACCACCUUCAGAGCAAUCAGGUUUUCCUUGGUAGGGUUUCUGUGCCGCGCACCGUGCAGGAUAGAGGGCAUCAGGAUGUGUUGGAAGGCUACCCAUCCGCGGAGACAGAGCUCAGCCUUAAGCAAGCCUUAAAACUCCAGAUCGAAGGCAGUGACCCAAGUUUCAACUACAAGAAAGAAACGCCCUUGUAAAAGGUGAAUUCCACGACACCGCGGAGGGAGGCGGCGCUCCUGCUCGGAAUGGUCGGUCGGCUGGCUGCGAUGAAAGCACACAAUGCCUCUUCAGUCCACCUAGAAAUUUAAGAAUGUGAUUAUUACAGUGCAGUUACCUUAAUUACUGUAACGUGCCUCCAUUUUUAAGGCUGCCUUCUCAGUAUAACCCUCUGUGCUUCAGAAGUUUAUUUUGUGUACUUUGUAUUUAACACACCGAAUGAGCACUUUUUGUUUUGUUUUGUUUUGUUUUUAAUUGCAGAAAGAYAUUUGCUGUGUUUCUCUGACAACAGCCGAAAAUUGUAAGAACAAGGAAUUCUGAUCUCUUUUUCAGAAUGCUUGGAAGAGGUGCAUGUGCCACAGUGAACUGCGUAAGCAGAGGCGGUGCUUUUUGUAUUUAUUUUCCUGUGGCUAAAGAAAAUAAGCAGUUUGUCACACUUGCAUUGCUGUAAUGUAUGGUCACUUUCCUGUGUACUUCACCAAGUUCUCUCCAAUACAAAUCUUGUGACAGUAUUUUAUAAAUACUGUACUUGUGUGUUUUGUCUGUACGAUAGCUGUUCAGUGGCAGCGAAAGGGUCCGGCCGCGACCAUCCGCGGGACCUCUGGGAUUGUUGUGAAACACGGAAUGCAGUAUGUGGCAUUGCAGCACCGGAUCGGGAUGGCAGGCUGUGGCCGCCRAGAGCGAUAGGCACAUUUGGGCUUGGACACCCGAUCUUAAAUAGUCUUAAUUAUUGUUAUGGUAAUGAAGUAACUUAAUAUGGGUAUGUCUUAGGUGCUAAGUAAAAAGGGUCUGGUCCUGUCUUCAUGUGUAUUUCCCACAGUAGAAACAGUCAGCUCUUUAUUUUUCCAGGUGCAAGGACUCUGUUGAAAAUGUCAAUAAUAUUGACAAGUGCACGGAAGAUACAGAAGCUUUGUUAAUUAGGCUGAGAGAAUAUGCAGUGAGAGUAUAAUGGGAAGACAAAAGGUUAGUAAACCCUUGGCUGUGGAGUACAGAGAUUACUGAGUUGGUGCUGUCUUGAGGUGGUAAUUUUGUAUAGCACAAAUUUGUAUGGAUGUAGUUACUGCUCCCAGUCCUCAGCUGGACUGUGUGCAGCCAGUAUGAGGAUGCCURUACCUGGAGCAGGGUUAUCAGGAGCCUGGAUGGUCCAGCUAUAGGKAAGGGGAAGCUGGUUCUCCCCUCUUAGCAAGGAGGGAACCUGUGCUUGUGUAAAGGAGGGAAAAAUCCAGGCCGUUGUAUGUGAGAAGUGAACAGUGUAUGAUUUGUUUUUUCCUUUGAAUGUGCAUAACUUACUUGCACUGCUGUAUGAGUGAAAGAAUGAAGCAAGUGAUUAUUUUCUCCUAAAAAUGCAAGCUAUAUUCUGCUAUUCACCAUUACACAGCCUUACUCUUUAGAAAAUAAGGCUAUUUUUAUACAUGAGCAUUUCUUCUCAAGGGUUGAUUUUCAUCUUUUUCAUGCUCUUAAUUCUGAUCAUUCCACAAGUAAGAUAAUAAAAAGCUGAGGUUAUUUUUCAGAGAGGAUUAACGAGAUGUAUGGCUAUCCUUAAACUUUGAUAAAUGCCCCCUGGAUGUCUAUCUAGUACAUACUCAGAGUCACUAAAGGGUUCGAUGUCUUGUUAUUAUGGUUGACCAUCAUUAGAACAUUUUUGAAGUUAGGUUUUGUUGUUGUUGUUGUUGUUUAAUAUCCUGCCUCUCCAUUCUUCACUUGCUACUAAGUGUAAAAAGGAAAUCUUUUAUAGUGAGGCAUUCAGUGCAUAGUAAAAUUCACAUGUUAAAAGUUGACACGCAGCAAUAUUAAUUAUUCUGARUGUUUCAUGUAUUGAAUCUCUUGUCCCCGUGGGACAAUUAUAAAACCAACGUAACAGGAGUCUUGCAGAAUGGCCUUAAGAGAGUUAGUGGUUAAGUAAAGAGAGAGUACCAAAAUGUUCUCAGCAAACUUAUUCUGAACCUCAAGUACAGUACACUUGCAAUACUCUGCAAGAAUAAGACUUUUCAUAGUUACUAGAUGUAUGUUUUGUUCUGUAGAAAGGGGUCCCUGAAUGCUGACGUUCUUCUACUGACCUUGACUGUCAUUGGAAUUAUAUUUAUUUAAUUUUAUUGUGUUGUUAUAAAUGAACCUUGUGAACAGAGGACGUAAAAAUAUGGCCGGUUUCACAAGGGGCUGCGGUUUCUAGAUAGCCUGAUGGUUUGUGUGUGAAUAAUAUUUACAYUUGAAACAUUUAAUGGGGAAGCCUUAUAUCCCCCCUACAUCAACUGAAAGCAGAUCCACUGAAAAUGUUUUGAGAACGAAAUAACAGUUAAAGAUUUUGGGCAUCACUUUGGAACAGGACAUGAAUGGCUUUAAAAAAUCAGAUUGUUCAAAAGGUCUGAGGCAUUCCACGUUGCUCUUGCUUGUGAUUUUUAAUGUCAUUUGUGAGGUUUCUGUAUACAAAGAAAAGUUGCUGUUCCCCCAGUUGUUCCUGUCUGCUCUUUCACAUCUGUACAGGCGAAGGGAGGCGAAUGGAGUUGCAUAGCUGUGACAGCACAGUUUCUUCCAUCAACGUAACAAUGCUCACAACCUUAAAAAAAAACUGAAUAGAACACGAAUGCUGUUUCUCUUCACAUUUCACUGAUCCUUUCAAGGUCAUCUCCACAAGGCAUCUACUCUCCUUCAUGGAAAAGCUAGGAAAAAGAGGGUUUUGUGAACACUAAUAUCAGUACUGUGUGCAUGUGGAGAAGCUCUUCAAACAAAAAAUGCAUUAAGGGGUAUUGAGGCACAAUGAUGCAUUUUUUUGUCCUCUCUGUGAUCAGUAUUGAAAGCAUUGC